GGAUCAAUCAAAAUGAAUCGACAGUGGAUCCAUCGUCUCUAAGUCAAGAAGGCAUAGCUGAUCAUUUGGGUGUCACAUGUUUAGCUACAACAAUGUUUAACACUUUACGUCAAAAACCCAUGAAAUUGAGCACAUUUCUUGGUUUACCAGUAACAAAUAGUCAAUUAUCAUCAUCGACAGUCAAUCAUUCACAAGUUGGUGAAUUAUGUGGAUUAACUUUGCAAUAUUGUCAUGCAAGAUUGUGCAGCCUUGAAUCUCGUAUGAUAUCCUCUGGUUUAUUAUUACCGCCAACAAGUGUUCGUCCAGGCGAUCAUGGAUCCCUUGUAUAUGAUGAACAUAGUCUUAUUCACUAUUAUGAUCAACUGAACGAGUGGCCUUCAACGACAGCUAAUGAUGAAUGUUUUAUAGCAUUGAUUAAUGAAUUAUCCAGAUUUUCAUCUGUCCUGCAGUCUGCUUAUUCAAGCUAUGAACCGCACUACAUACUACAGUAUGCCUUACAACUUACUUCUGCUAUAAACUCUGCAUGGAAACGCUUACCAGUCCUAACAUGUUCAAGUAGAAAUGACCAGUUGUUACGCGCAUUUAUUUUUCUAGCCUCAAGAAAUGUACUUGCCUCUUGUCUUCAAUUAAUGGGAAUUAUGCCUUUGAAAGCGAUUUAAUAUAUAUAUUUAGCAAAAAUAUCUACGAUUAACUUUUUAUGUAGUCAUUUAUUACAGAUAGAUUAUUUAUUUUGUAAUAUUUCAAAUAGUAAUACAUUUUUUUGUAUGU